AUGUCAUCGAUUUUGAGAAAAUUAUUCAAAAAUGAAACGAAAAAAGUUACGCAGAAAAAUUCAAUUACUGGACGAAAUAGCAGCUUUCCAGUGCCGUAUUUAUCAAAACUGGAGGGUAAUCAGCUACAGCCUGGUCAAUCAUUGAUUGUCCGAGGAUAUAUCAUUGGACGUAAUGAAUUUAUUAUAAACCUUACAAAUGGUGGGAAGGUGGAAAAGGAGGAUGAAAAUGACAUUCUUGACAACCGACUUCUUGCUAUUCGAGCAAAUAUUGCUCUAAAACGAAUUUAUUUGAAUGCUUGUAUUGAUGGCGAGUGGGGAAGAGAGGGCUCGGUGAAGCAUAAAUGGACACCUGGCGAUGAGUUCGAUAUACGAAUUAGGUGCCAUGAAAAAUAUUUUGAGAUAUUUGCUGACCAUAAAUUAUUGGCUAAAUUUGCAUAUUAUCUGCCACUUUCAAAUAUUUCACACAUCUAUAUGAAUGGCGAUGCCGAAUUAUACACAGUAUCGUGGGAAGGCAAAUAUUACCAAGUUCCUUAUACAGCAGAUAUCCCCGGAAACUUCUAUCCAGGACGAAAGCUUUAUGUGUCAGGAUUUAUUAAGAAACGAGCCAAACAGUUCGUGGUAGAUUUUCAUUCUGGUAAUGAUAUAGCAUUCAGAUUUAAUCCGCGGAUCGCUGAAAAAAGAUUAAUUCGAAAUACUCGAUCGGAAGGACGAUGGGGAACGGAAGAAAAAGAACUUGAGAUAACAUUUCCGUUCAAAAAGAAGCGUGCUUUUGACUUAUUAUUUUACUGUGACGAAAAUCGAUUUCUUUGCCAUGUGGAUGAUUGUCUUGUGUGUUCAUUUACACAUCGAAUGUCAUCCCAAGAUAUUGAUAAACUCUCCAUCGAUGGCGAUAUCGAGUUACAGGGAGUACACCUCAAGUGA